AUGGAACUGCUUGCUGCCGGCUUCAAUGCCUGGCGCCAGCUGCAGUUCGACGGCGGCGAGGACGCAUCCGCCGAGCCAACCGAUCUAACGUCUUUUCAACCCAUCCUGACGGACAGGAGCAUCGAACGCCCACGUCCCCUCCUAUCCUGCACUUUCGCUCGGACUGCCUCGGCCGUGCGACAAGCGGGCUUUGUCGAAGACACCCCGAGGUGCAUCAUCAACGAGCUUCUCUCCUCCGUAGCAGCUAUUUCCGGCAAUGGCCUAGUAGCUGAGUACGAUGGCCGCGAUGCUGUUCGCCAAUAUCCCUCGGCGCCUGGCGCGCGCUUGCAGGACCAGCAAACAUUCCCCGCAAUAGGUCGAAUAAUCCAGCUGGCGGCGUACGAGACGGGCUUUGCAGCCUUGUCGCAGGACGGCCGCGUCUGGACCUGGGGAGAUGAGCGCUACGGUGCCUGUCUCGGGCGGCCGAUAACGCCUUCGAGCCCGGCGGAGAAACCCGGCCCCGUAGAGGAGCUCGAGGACUUGCCGACCGGUAGAAUAAUAAGGAUCGGCGCGGCGGGAUAUCUACUCCUGGCCUUGACCGAAGGGCAUGACCUCUACGCUUGGGGCGGCUAUCCGGGUCGGCGGGGGCUCAUCGAUGAUUUAUCAAGUAGCCCUGCGCCUGUCGUGGUGGAGGAAUGCGACAUAACGGAUUGCGGAGUCGGGGAAUCGCACAUAAUCGUGCUUAGCUCGGAGGGAGACGUAUAUGUCACUGGUAACAAUACUAAUGGUCAGCUCGGAUUGCCUGCUAGUGAGGCGUCGUUAUUGUCGUCGUCGCCGUCGUCGUGGACGAAAGUACCCUUGGUUCUAGGGGAAGGGCAAGUUGUUGUUGGUGUAGAAGCGGGGCAUCGCACUUCGUUCAUCCUAACCAAGCAUCAAUCCCGUGAAUGA